GCUAUUAAUAAUAAUAUUCUACGGUUCCUUAAUUUUUUUUUACAGAAUUGUGGAUUGAUAUAUUAUAUUGCCCUACUAAAAUCGAAAGUUAAUCUGUCUGUUACAUCAAAACCACUGAGCCUUGAGGAAGGACAUAUGCUACUUUUUUACAAAAAACGACAGAAAUGCGGACGAAGUCGCGGGCAAAAGCUGGUAUUUAAAUAAAUCAGUGGAACAUGAACGUAGUAGUGAUAACUUUCGUUGUCCAGAAGAUGUCUUAGAAACGCGUUAUUUUCUUAGGGACUGGAUGCCCUACAGGGUAUGGAAAUAGAAACUUGCUAGCUUUCAGUUACAACUUAACAACUGCUCUUAAUUAUCUUCACCUAUUAAUAUAUCCGUACCAAUUUGAAUUUAAAUUUUGAAUGUACUUUUGUAUUUGUAACACGAAAUUGUUAUUUAUCUUUACGUAUCACUAAAAAUUUAUUAGAACUCUUGUUGAAAUUAUUUCGAUAUUAAUAGGAAUCCGCUUUUACUAGACCCAAACAUUUCUGGAAAAAACGACGUUUCGCACUAUCAAAAGCUGCCGUUUUCUUUCCCUCGUAUUUGUCAGUUAUUCAAUUAUUAAUAUUAACUGUACUGUAAUUCAUUUUAUUUUGACGCCAGAAUUCAACAGCUUGUAAAUUUUAUUAUAAUAAUUAUUAUACAAAGACUAUUCGGACGAUGCAUGUUUGAAAUUGCUUUCACUUUUAAUAAAACAAUAUGAAAAAAACAUUAUAAGGUGGAAUUGUAGAAUGUAUGUCGAACUGACAUUCCUAUUCCAUAUACACAGUUGAGGGAGGGUGGUGAACUGUUGGUGGUAUUCGGUGGUAGGAAGAGGCAGCAGUGUCAGUCGUAGUAAACAUGUGGCUUUGGUUGGUGGUGUGGCAAGCAACUUUAGUGGUAGGGGGUACCACGUUGGACGUUCGGCUUCUGAACUCGAGAUAUACACGUCCUCAGUACGAUUGCUUUGACUAUCCUUCAGCACUUCAAAUAAGAUCUCUUGAUACAGGUUGGCGUUUAUCCAAGAAAUGGUCAGGAUUAAUUCAAACAAGUUCACCUAAAUAUAGUUAUACAGCUCUCCCUGAAUUUUCUCGAAGGAUUGAUUUGGUUCCAUUAAACCGUGAAGAUAUGGUCAAAGAACAUGCUAAGCUAGUUCAGGACAUAAACAGUCUACGACAAGUAAUGUUCGUCGCCCCUAUAGCUGAUGAAUCAAAAGACUACGAGGAUUCGGUUUUUCAUGAAAUACUGGAAACGACUUCUACCACAACAAGUCGACCAAAAAUUACUAAACCCAGUAGGCCUAAGACCCACAUUCCACUUAUUGUGCUGGGAGGGUCACGGACCAAGCCACCUAUAAAAUCCCAUCCGAAAAUUCAAAAGCAGCCCAUAAAUUUAGUUGGAUCAUCCACCUCUCAUUUAGACAGACAUCCUUAUCCAUUCGUUAUGGCAGCCUCUGCCCGUCCACCACUCAGGAUUUGCAUGCCAAUGACAACGUACACGACAACUCGACGGCCAAGCUUGUGGGAACGUCUCGUUAAAACAAUUAUACCUAGAUAAGCAGUAGUAGUACAUACAUAUUUCUCUUACAAAGUUCACGAACACAAUCGCACAUAGUAUACGUAAUAGAUUAAAAUUUGUUUCCUUCCGUCCGUAAAAUGAAGUUUCCGUCAAUUCUUUUACUGCACGAUUGCGUGAGUGAAUAGCUGUCAAAACCUAUAGAUUUAUAUUAUUUAUUUAGAAAUUUAUAAUUAUUAAUAUUUCCUUUGUAAGUGUAUAUGUGAAUUUAUAUUAAUAUAUCUCUAUUAACUUUACAUUUUACUACGCAGUUAUCACAUUCAUUGCAGUCGAAGGUUUAGUAUUUUGUUUUUCUGACAUAAAUAUUUGAAAUAGGUAAUUUGUUUUUUUUUUAAUAAUGUAGUGAAACCUUAAAAAU